UUUGUCAUUGGGCAGAACAACUGUAUGCUGGGAAUGGGAAGCGCGCAGCCAAAUCGUCGGGAGAGUUUAAGGAUAGCUUUGAAGAAAGCAGGAGAUGAGGUCAAGGGAGCAGCUUUGGCUAGUGAUGCUUUCUUCCCAUUUGCUUGGAAAGAUGUUGUGGAAGAAGCGUGUGAGAAUGGAAUUGGUGUUAUUGCUGAGCCUGGGGGGAGCAUCAGAGAUGGGGAUGCCAUAGACUGCUGCAACAAGUAUGGUGUAUCGCUUGUCUUCACGCGAGUCACCAACUCCGAUCAUCAGACCUGGGGCUGGGCGGAGAUGGAGGCUCGGGUUAGGGGGGGUCAGAGAGGACUGGGAGUUAGGGCUGGGUUUUCUGUAGAAAAACGAAGAAGAAAGAAGAAG